AUGUCCAAUCCAGUACCCGCGGUUAGCCCGAGCCCAAGCAGAUUACCCCUUGAUAGUGGUGCACACAGUCAAGCUAGUAGCGGAGUACAUACUGGAGAAACAGAGAAAGAAAUCAUUCCUUCAACCGAAAAGCGUGAGCUUAAGGAACAUGAAUGCUAUGACAAACUGGGCUAUUGCUGGCCGAGAUGGAAGAAAUGGACUUAUCUUCUCGCGGUCGCUUGUGUUCAAGUAUCGAUGAACUUCAAUACAUCAGUCUACCCUAAUGCAGUCAAGCCUCUCUCAAAGGCUUUCGAUAUCGGAGAGCAAGAAGCACGGACAGGACAGAUGAUUUAUUUGGUGACCUACUCCAUUGGGUGUGAGCUUUGGGCACCCUGGAGUGAGGAAUUCGGUCGCUGGCCAAUCCUUCAGCUUUCUAUGUUUCUCAUCAACAUCUGGCAAAUCCCUGCAGCCCUCGCCCCGAAUUGGGGAACGAUUGUAGUGGCACGUGGCUUGGGUGGUAUAUCUACUGCGGGUGGUAGUGUCACUCUGGGCUUAAUUGCCGAUAUCUAUGAACGGGAAACACAGCAAUUCCCUCUCGCCUUCAUUGUCCUAUCCUCUUGCAUUGGAACAAGCAUCGGAGGCGUUAUUGGUGGUCCAAUUGAGCGCUUUCUUGGAUGGCAGUGGUUCUUCUGGAUUCAACUCAUUUUCGGAGCCGUUGUACAAGCAAUUAUCUUCUUCAUGCCUGAAAGCCGCUCUACUAUCUUGAUUGAUAGGGAGGCUAAGCGACGACGCAAAACCGGAGAAGACCCAAACAUUUACGGACCCAACGAAUUGAAGAAGCCUCGUAUCUCGCUCAAAGAAGCCGGAAAAAUCUGGAUUCGUCCUUUUCACAUGCUCUUGCGCGAACCGAUCGUUCUUUGCCUGUCUCUUUUGUCAGGUUUUUCAGAUGCCCUUAUUUUUACUUUUCUCGAGAGUUUCUCGGUCGUCUAUGAGCAGGGUUGGGGCUUCGGUGUUCUUGGUCAGGCUUGGGCGGUCAUCCCAAUCAAUUUGGCCUAUGUUCUCGCUUAUUUCUCUUAUUUCCCCUGGUUCCUGAGAGAUGGUGCUAUUCGGAAAGCCAAGGGGGAUGAUGCUCUUGAACCAGAACGGCGACUGAAAUGGCUCCUGUUCCUCGCACCAUUUGAGCCCAUUGGACUGUUUGGCUUUGCUUGGACAUCUUUGGGACAAGAAUAUGGUGUACAUUGGAUCGGUUCAAUGAUUUUUUCGACAAUGGUUGGCAUUGCAAACUAUGCUAUCUAUUUAUCAUCUGUCGACUAUAUGAUUGCAUCUUAUGGCCCCUAUUCUGCGUCUGCAUGUGGUGGUAAUGCAUUUGCACGCGAUCUUCUCGCUGGUAUUUCCGCGAUGUAUGCAACGCCGAUGUACAGCAACAUCGGAGAUAAGUGGCAUGUUGAAUACGCCAGCACUGUGCUUGCCUGUCUCUCAUGCCUUGUUGUUACACCAAUUUACGUGUUCUACUGGAAAGGACCGCAAAUCCGCGAGCGCAGCAAGUUCGCACAAGAAUUGGUUCGGGAAAGGAAAGAAAACCAGGGGCGACGAGUCAGCAAGGCCAAUUGCGAGCCUUAA